UCUUCAUAGUGGUUAUCUUUAUGUAAACACUUCUUCAACAAAGCUACUAGUAAGCAGAUGGUGGAAGUGGCAGCACAUAUGACAUAGAGUCCCCAGAAUUUGUCAAAAGUCAGACUCUCAGUUUCUUCUGAAGACGGAAUAUAAAUCAAAAUUCUGAUCCCAAGUCAGUUCUGAUAAUGCAUUGAACAUUCAAAGAGAAUCCUUAAGAUGUAGAUUUUGAAGAUCAGACUCUGAAGAAUCAACUUCUUGAGAAGUCAACUUCUAAAGAACAAACUCUGAAGAAAGUCAACCUUUCAAGGAGUAGAAUCUCUGAAGAUCCAGACUCUGAGGAAGUCAACUUCUGAAGAUUAAGUCAACCUCUAAAAACUUAGAGUCUGAAUGAUCAGAGCUAAAAUUCAUCUUCUGAAGACUCAGAACCUGAAGCAAGUCAAAACUCAAGAUCAAUAAACUCUAAUAGGUCACUAUCAGACUUUGAAGACAUUUUGUCUUCUUCUAAUUGUCCUCUUCUAAUCACGUGAAGACUUAACAAAAAAAUGCAGAAGCCAGAAGGAUUGCAAUUGAUAAUUCCUCUUAUAGCAAAGGAUGUUCAAAUGGCCUCUCAACGACAUUAACCAUACCAGAAAGCUUUCCAACGUCUCUGGUGAUUCUUCUUUCAAAGACUCCUUGUGCAUGAAGUUUUCUCCAAUGUCUCUUUUCUGUUCCUCUAUAAAAAGAGCUGGAAACUUGAAGAAGAUACACAACAUUGCGUCUUGACAAACAAAGAGUUGUUACUCUAUCAUAACUAUUGUACAAGCUUAAACUUAGAACUUCUUAUCAAUUGUAUAUUUUCAAAAGUUCUCGAAUCUUAGAGUCUUUCUAUGUUGUAUUUUGUUUACACCUCUUGUUGUAUAUCAAGUGUAAUAUCUUAAUUUGUAAGAUAGGUUGUUAGAAGUCUUUUUCUUAUUGCUUAAGCAUAUAAAAUCUCUUGCUUAUGUGCUUAAGCAUUGAAGUCUCUUUUGUGUUUGAAUAUUUGGAAGUCUCUUGCUUGUGUGCUUAAGUAUUUGUAAUUAGAUUUGAUCAUAGCGAAAAUCUCUUGGAAAUGCAAGGGGAUUGGACUACUCUUGAAAAUCUCUUGAAAAUCCAUAGUGAAAAUCUCUUGGAAAGUCUCUUGAAAAUCUCUUGAAAAUCCAUAAUGAAAAUCUCUUGGAUAUUUAGUUUGUGUUCUUCUUUUUUACCUCGGAACCUUUUAUCCACUGCGACCAUCAGGCUCUAACUCAGAUUCUAAUAUUAUGUUCAAAAUCUGAUAAGAGCUUUUAAAGAGUAAAAGAAGAAGAAAAUUAACACAAUUCAACCCACCAUUCUUGUGUUUUUCUUACCUUCAGUUGGUAUCAGAGCAUGGUCUAUCGUUUAACACUUAACAAUGGUACAUAAAAGAUCCUGAGAAAAACAUGUGUAGUGUUGAAUCUGAAUCAGAUGUGAACUCUGGUUAUUCUAAUGUAAACCAUGAUUAAAGUGCUUCUGAGAAGAAUAACUAUAUUGGUAUACCUCCAACCUUCAGUGGAGAUUCUACUCAGUUUGAAUGGUGGAAGAACAAGAUGUACACUUACGUCAUAAGUCUUAAUGACGAAUUAUGAGAUAUUUUUGAAGAUGGCAUUGACAUUGAAGUAAAUAGAGUGGGUAUGGUGACUGACAAAAAGAGUCUCACAUCUACUAAAAAAAAGAUAUAUAGAAAAUAUCAUGUAGUUAAAGGAAUUAUGGUAGAUGUUUUAGCUCACGCUAAGUACAUCAAAAUCAUUGACAAAUCUAUUACUCAAACCAUUUUCAAAUCUCCGUGUUACCUAUGAAGGAAAUCAACAAAUUUCUUAGUACAUAAGUGGAAAAAUUGUUUAAUUGCUUUAUCUGUGUUACCUAUGAAGGAAAUCAACAAAUCUCUUAGAACAUAAGUGGGAAAACUGUUCAAUUACUUUGUCUGCCACCUACCAUAUGUCACAAAUCUGAAACGUCUCCUGACACGUGGUUUUUGACUGUUGGGUAAAAACUUUCAGAUAAUGAUGAGGUGUCUUGAUUAUUGUGCUUCCCGCCUCCUUAGUCAUUAAGUUUUGUUUGAAUCAAAAAAUUAUUUUUCGCUCAAAACAUUCUUUCAAUCAAUGUCCACACACUUAUCUCACUUCACAUAUCACACUUUCCUUCUAAAGCCUCUCCGAAAAACAACCUUCUUUUUUAAAUACCCUUUUUAGAAACCCUAAAAUUUCAUUAAUGGCAUCAUCAUCUCAACAAGCAGCUAUAGAUAUUGAAUAUGGAAAAGGUUAUCAUAUCAAACCCAAAACUAUGGAAAUCACAGAAGAUGAACUCAGGCUGAUUGUGGAGCUGAUCAUGGAUUUUGAUUAAUUUGAAGUCAAUGGGUUUCCUUUGAGAGAGUUCUUUGUGUUUCAAGGGCGGAUGAACUUUUUUGACAUCUAGAGUGGUCCUACUUAUUCUUACUUGGUUAAGAAUUUGUGGGUUAGGGAUGAGGUGUUUGAUAAACUUAAUGCUAAUAUAGAGGUCAGAGGUUUAAUUGCUCGUGAUGUUUCUAACAAAGGAAAGUCAAGAGCUAAUAUGGGUUUGAAGGAGUUCAAGGAAGUUGAGAUUAGGUCUGCAGUAAUGGGAGUUCAAGUAACCAUUACUUAGAGUCACAUUGCUCAACUUAUUGGUGUAAGAAAUGAAGGGAGGUUCACUCUGAACUCUAAGGAUGGAAGCAAGGAAGCUGAAAUGAUCAAGUCUACUCUUUUCAAAGCACCUGGUGACUUUGAAAAAGUGAAGAACAUGUAUGGUGCUUACAAGCUUUUGUUCAAAAUCUUGAUUGGGAGCUUGAUCCCUAGAGAAGAAAGCACCGAUCAGAUCUCUUGGGAUCAUAAGUUUUUCAUCUGGUUUUUGGCAUGUAAGGAAAAAGUGAAUGUGACUGUUUAUAUCUUCCAUCAUUUGUGUGAAGCUGUCAAGGAGACUCAAAAGAAUCAGAAGAAGAAUGCACCUUAUGCAAGAUUUCUCUCUGAACUCUUUCAUCAGAACAAACUAAUUGAAUCUUUGAUGGCUCAUAUUGCUACUCAGGACUUGGGAGAAACUUAUGGAAAUAUAUUGUCUGGUGCAAGUCUAGGCUACAUGAAAAUUUUGAACAAAAAGGAUGUCAAGAAGCCUGAAGUCAGUCUAUUAAUCAGGUAAGAUAAGAUUGCUUAAAUUGAUGAUUUUCCUAUCAUCACCAAGAUGGAUAAUCUUGAGGUGCUUAAGGAAUAUAUCAAGAUGUACAAAGCAGAAAUUAGUGCCACUCUACGAAUGAAGGAUAUUCCAGAUGCUCCUGAAGAUAUGUACAAGAAUUCUAAGAAGAGGAAGGUGACUGCUUCUAAAGAAAAGAAGGAGGUUCAAAAGCCACAUAAGAAGAAAGUUGGAACUAGUAAGGAAAUUUAGAAAGAAUUAGAAGAAGUUGCAACUUCUACUAUUUUAAUGCCUACCAAAACAAGAAGUGGUAGAACUCCUCACAAGGAUGUUGUAUCUUCUGCCACAACUACUCCUGAGAAGAAGAAAUUAAGAAAAAUGUCUCUUGUAAGAGAAGAAGAAGAAAAUGACCACCCUUUAAGAAUGAGAAUAAAGAAACAGACUCAGGAACUGAUUGUACUUGAGCGUUAGGAUGCUAACCAUACAUGUCCACCUCACACCGCCAUAAAGAAGAUCGAAGCCACAAAGAUCAAUGAUUAUCAACUUCUCAUCAUUUAUGGUUCCUUCGAGAGCUAGAGCAUCAAUUUCUAAUUCUCAAACAUAACAAUAACAUAUGAGACAUACUUAUUGUUAGCCGAAGAUUUCGUUUUGUAGUAUUUGUCCUUCGAAGAAGUAGAAAAUCGAAGGAAAGAUGGUUACUGAUGGCCAUCCCUUAAAAAUAAAAGAUGGUUACUGAUGGCCAUCCCUUAAAAAUAAAAGAAUGGCUACUGAUGGUCAUGCUUCGAGAAUAAAGAUUUCUAAGUUCGCUAUGAAGAUAAUGAAUACUGAAAGCUAGUGAAAAGUAUGUGUCUUCGAGGACUUAGACAAAAUUUAUAAAUAUAUUCAAGUAUUACUACUUAGCGUGUUUUCGUAGUGUUUUAAUACACUGCCACGCGUCGAAGACGGACUCAGGCGGGAAGAUUUGAAAUUCGAAGACGGUUUCGUAACUGUCCAAGUAACAGAUGGCGUCGCUAGAAGUUCUUAUGAGAAACGUGGCAGCAGAUUAGUGUAGGACCGUUAAGGUCGAAACUAGUAUAAAUAGGAGUCUUAAUGUUAGGAUUCUGUGUGUUCAUUUUGUACAAAUCACUCACAUAUUUACUCAAGUAUCAAGCGUUAAGAGAAAGAGUUCGCUGAGAAAAUGUACGUAUGACACCACCACUUUAAUACAUGUGUAUUAUCUUUUGUUUUCAAAUAUCUUCCAGAAUUACUGCAUUUCGUUUACUUCUUGCCAUUUACAUUUCUGUAUCUUUACUUUAAUGUCAUUUACUUUCGAAUUACUUUCAUGUUAUUUACUUUCAAAGUCUUUAACGUUUCUGCAGUUUAAGGUUCUUUACGUUUUAAUAGUCCUUUUAAUUUCAUAUGUUACGUUACUUAUCUUUUCGUUGAAGUCACAUUUAUAUAUAACAAAGUGAUUAUCAAGACUAUUUGUUCUUUAAUCGAACAACGCUUAUUGAAGAAGACAAAUCAUGAAUAUGCUUCGAAUGAACGUUGAUAACAAUCUUCUUGACUAUGUGUCCUAGGAUCAAUCUAGUCGAUCCUGCGAGUAACCAAAUCAUAUUUAUUAUAGUUUGGAAGACUAGCGGUUGUUUACCGGAAAUCACCGUAAACAAAUUGGCACGCCCAGUGGGACAGUGUCAAGCAGAUUGUUUUAAUCAAUUGCUUUAUUUUUGUCUAGACAAUAUCAAGAUCUUGUAUGAACCUUAGGAACGGUAAAUUAAAGAACAGUGCACAACCGAUUCCCAAACGAAGGUACAACAAGAAAAUGGUCGUUACGGCCAGUGCAGGGGGUGAUCGAGAUCCCCCACAAGGUUCAGGAUCAGGAGCGGCAAAUUCGACUUCUACUCAAGGAACACGAGAUGCAACGGGUCCAAAUGGAUCGAGACCUGCAGAUAAUUCCCAGGCUUUGCCUGAAAAUAAUACAGGGCCUUCAGGGACUAUUCCAGUUUCAGUGUCGACAACCGCACCCUCAUCCACAAGCGCAGAGGACGUAUUGUUUGCCUCGACAAAUGCUGCAAAUAAUUUGUCUGGUCAAGGCACAAAUUCUGCUUUCGAAUGGAGACCAAAUAGUUCAUAUGGAAUGCCAUACCCAUAUGGAACAGGCGUACGAGGGGCAGGACCUAUAUAUGCCCCAACUAACAAUGCGACAUUUUCACCGAAUGUUAGUUCAGUGGGUCGAAGUGCACAUAACACUAGUUUUUCUACCCAGGUGCCCCACUUUACCACAAAUAACCAAGCAGCAUUUCGACAAGAAAUGGAUGCAAGCAACCAUGAUAUGGUGGGGGUUUUGGCCAGAGAAUUGACUUCAGUUUUAAGCCCACUAAUGGCAAAUGUUACUACUACAAAUAGAGAAAACAUGGAGACUUUCCAAAAGAUAUCAUCUCAGAUGAAUCGAAUGGCAGAAUUCAUGGGAGUAACACCACCUAAAAGGAAAGACAAACAGCCUUCGAAUCAAGAGGAGAGGCCCAUUUUGGAACGUGUACAAGAUAUAGUUCCGUCAUCUAGGACAGCCACUAGGGAUGUAGGCCCCUCACGAAGAACAGAGAUGUUCGAAGGAACUCCAGUAAUUAACUUAGAAGCUUCAAAUCAAAGAGCCGUCCCCGUUUGACAGGAAACGGAGGAGGAGCGACCCAGAUUAAGGAUUGUGGGUAGGAACGAACACCCAGAUGAGGUUGUUCAAAGAGUCAGAAGAGAAAAUCUGGCUACAGAAAAUAACUUAACUGCCAUGAUAGAAAGGGUUAUGGCCAAUAAUGGCCUUAGUACUGGACUUAGACGUCCAAAUUAUACAUCCCCUAUAUCAGAUUAUAUCAUGCAGACAGAAUUGCCUAGGGGCACUAAGGUACCCAAAUUUACAAAAUUUUCAGGCGAAACUAAUGAGUCAACGGUGGAACAUAUUGCUAGAUAUUUGACAGAAGCAGGAGACUUAGCGGGAAACGAGGAUUUAAGGAUCAAAUAUUUCCCUAGUUCGCUGACAAAGAAUGCCUUCAUUUGGUUUACUACUUUGCCACCAAAUUCGAUAGAUGCAUGGGCAUACUUGGAAAGGCUUUUCCAUGAGCAAUUCUACAUGGGUCAAACUAAGAUAAGUUUGAAAGAAUUGGCCAGUGUUAAAAGAAAAUUCACAGAAACAAUUGAUGAUUAUUUGAAUAGGUUCCGUCUGUUGAAAUCAAGGUGUUUUACAACAGUCCCAGAGCAUGAACUUGUCGAAAUGGCUGCAGGUGGUCUAGAUUAUUCAAUAAGAAAGAAACUAGAUACCCAAUACCUUAGGGACAUGGCCCAAUUAGCAGACAGGGUUCGACAAGUCGAACGCCUGAAGGCAGAAAAAGUUAGGGCGAAUAAAAGUUAUAAGAAAGAAAGAGUAGCGUACGUCGAAGCCGAGGACGCUGAUGAUGAGUCUUUCAAUGACUCAUAUAGCCCUGAAGAAGUCGAAAUAGACUUGGUUGAAUUGAAAGAAGCGCCACCUUACGCUUGCAAAUUGCUAAAUCCUGCAAAUGGAAAAAACCCAGUAGAAAACGAUAAGAAUGAUAGGUUCCCUAAGAAAACUUAUACAUUCGACAUUACCAAGUGUGAUGAAAUAUUUGAUUUAUUGGUAAAGGAUGGCCAAAUGAUACUACCUCCAAAUUCAAAAAUUCCUCCGUUGGAACAACGGAAGAAAAGAGGUUUUUGUAAAUAUCAUGGGUUUUUAGGCCAUAAAACUUCUCAAUGUUUUCUUUUCAGGGAUCUAAUUCAAAAUGCUCUCAAUGAUGGAAGGUUGAAGUUUGCUGACAAGACCAAGAGUCAUAUGAGGGUCGAUACCAAUCCCCUGAACAUUGCUGACGCUAGCCUCUGUGAGGUAGAAGAUAUCAACAUGGUGGAGGCAUCUCAAGUUGAAGUUGUGGAAACUAAAGCAAUGUUCAAUGGAAAGCAGGCUACUGAAAGCCUAAAAGGUGACAUAGUCUCCAACACUGUUGUUGAAAAAUCUUCCAAGACAGAAAUAACUGAAGCAUCGAAGGAAGAAAACAGUGAGGCCACUGAAGACCUCAGGAUGAAACUCCAGAAAAUCCAGAUCUCUGAAGUUCCUCCAGCAGCGGUUAACAUGGUCAGCGCCAGACGACCAGUGUCUGAAUUUGGCGAACUAGAGACAUGGCUGACGAGGCAAAAUGGGGGCAUCGAAGUUCCCCCAAGAACCGAAAGCCUCAAAGAAUAUCUCUGGAAUUGCCACAAGAGAAAUGGUGGUAAGCAAUGGAUGUGUCCAAGAUGUUCGAUCAUGCUGAAUCGAAGGGUCGAAGCCAACUUCGAAAGGGUUCGACGCGAAAGAUGGGAACACCCAGGAAGAGAGCCAAAUCCCCUACUACAACUGUACCCAAAGAUGGAGGAAAGCUUGGUAGGAUUUUUGGUCAGAUGCCACAAAGAAAACACUGAAGUUGCUCUGUGCCCAAGAUGUGGGGCAGUCUAUGAUGAAAUGCUAGCACGAUCAUUCGAACGUGUGUACUGCUACAUGAGUCGAGAAACUCAGGGGUUGCGUCCUAACCUGUACGGUUUCGACAUAUGGACUCCAACAAAGAGGCCUGAUAGCCCACACCCCAGAGCUCGAAGGGUAACUUUCAAAAUCCCUGCAGAUGCGCCAAGGGAUAGGUGGGUGCAAGCUGAUGCAAGAACCAAGAAAUGGCGAAGUUGGGACCAAGGUGGUAGAACUGCAAUGGCAUAUAUGAAACAAUUUCAAAGACCAAAUCGAGAGGCGUAUCGAUUGGAGAAUUAUAAAGGAAAGAAUCCUAUGUCUCGGUCCCAGUGGAGAAGGCAUCAGAGAAUAAAAAAGGCUCAGAAGGAAUACAGGCCAAGAGAAGCUGGAGAAUCUAGUAGCAACCAAGUCCCAUACCAGGGGCAAAGUCAAACAAACUUCCGGUGGAACGCAGAUUAUUCGAAGCUGAAAAACUCUUGGAUGAAGAAGAAAAGAUGCGUUCAAAUUCCUGGAAAGAAGAGGAUAGAAUGACAAAUGAUUUUGAUUCUGAUGGAGUGUAAUCUAUAAACUUGAAUUGCAAUGUUGUUUCCGUACUCCCUCACGAGUUUAAUCAGGAAACUGAAGUGGAAGACUGUGAAGAGGCUGAUAUCGAAGAAAUGACAAAACACAGACCUGUGUGUUACUAUGUGCUGAAUAAUGGUGCAGUAGAAGAACAGAAUGCUUUCUUCGAAAGGCCUGAUGAGGGUAUGCGAAAUCAUUUGAAGCCACUCUAUAUCAGGGCUAAGAUUGAGAACGUUGGCAUUAAUAAAGUCCUAGUUGAUGGGGGAGCAGCAGUGAACCUAAUGCCUCAAUACAUGCUAAAAAGAAUUGGUAUGUUCGAUACGGAUAUAAGGCCACAUAACAUAGUUUUAUCUAACUACGAAGGCAAAAUAGGACAAACACUGGGAGUCGUUCAGGUCAAUUUGACAGUAGGCUCAGUUACCAGGCCAACCAUGUUCAUGGUUAUACCAGCAAAAGCAAACUACAACCUUUUGCUUGGUAGAGAAUGGAUUCAUGGGGUAGCAGCUGUGCCCUCAACAAUGCAUCAGAGGGUGAAAAUUUGGAGAGAAGAUGGUAUAGUGGAGAAUAUCGAAGGUGAUCAGAGUUACUACAUGGCUGAAGUCAACCAGGUGAACAAAACCAACUUCGAUAGGAACCUGGCAAACAUAGGCCCUUGUCAUGCUGCAGAAGAGAUGUAUACCCCAAAUAAAAAUGCAUUGUACUAUUUAACUUUACACCCAAAUGGAUUCCAAUGGGAUAGAGAGAUCAUGGAUGGUCCACCAGAUACAGCACCAUUGGAGAAUUAUCCGACAGUACGGCCAACAGGCUGGGACGAUGACAUUAAUCAUGUCUGAGUCUUCGUUCUUCGAAAAGAUUUCGGCCUAUGUGGCCGAGAACAAAAGGAAGGCGGCUCUCGAAGCCGAACUAUCAAAUACAAAGAUAGAUGCAGUUCUAACCAAAGAAGGAAUAACAGAAUUGGAGAUACGUACGAGUUUCGAACUCCCUGAACACACGGCUCCAGACGAAGAGAUCAUAAGAGAAGAACCAAACCAAAGGUUGGAUGCAAUAUACGACGAGGAACCUUUGGGAUUCGAAAAAGACCCAAUGGCGUCGAACAUAAAGAUGUUGGCCCAAGAUCCACUUGAAGAAGUAAAUCUUGGAGACAAUGAUCAAAAAAGGAUAACAUAUAUCAGCGCGAAACUAGAACCAGAAUUGAAAGCAACGGUCAUCAAAAUGAUGAAAGAAAACAGAGAUUGUUUUGCUUGGGACUAUGAUGAGAUGCCUGGUCUAGGAAGGGAUUUAGUCGAACUAAAAUUACCAAUAAAAGAAGGGAAGAAGACCAUAAAGCAAACUCCCAGAAGAUUCGCGCCAGAGAUUCACUCGAAGAUUAAAGCAGAGGUCGAAAUACUCUUACGUUGCAAAUUUAUCCAAACUACAAGGUAUGUUGAGUGGAUUGCUAAUAUAGUACCUGUAAUUAAAAAGAAUGGCUCAUUAAGAGUAUGCAUAGACUUUCGUGACCUUAAUGCAGCUACUCCUAAAGACGAGUAUCCCAUGCCUGUAGCAGAAAUGCUAGUAGACUCAGCCGCAGGUUUUGAGUAUUUGAGCAUGUUGGAUGGAUAUUCGGGAUACAAUCAAAUUUUUAUAGCAGAAGAUGAUGUAUCCAAGACAGCAUUUCGUUGCCCAGGGGCAAUAGGCACUUACGAAUGGGUUGUGAUGCCUUUUGGUCUGAAAAACGCUGGGGCAACUUAUCAAAGAGCAAUGAAUUCUAUAUUUCAUGACUUUAUAGAAACAUUCAUGCAAGUGUAUAUAGAUGACAUUGUGGUAAAAUCUACCUCGGGUGUGAGUCAUCUCGAUCAUCUGAGCCAAUCAUUCGAAAGAAUGAGGAAAUAUGGCUUGAAGAUGAACCCCCCUUAAAUGUGCUUUCUUUGUGCAGGCAGGUGAUUUCUUGGGGUUCGUAGUCCACAAAAAAGGGAUAGAAAUUAACCAGAACAAGACGAAAGCCAUUAGGGAAACCAAGUCCCCAUCCACGAAGAAAGAACUACAAUCACUAUUGGGUAAGAUAAAUUUCUUAAGGAGAUUUAUCUCUAACUUGAGUGGACGCACGCAAGCUUUCUCACCUCUACUACGGCUUAAGCAAGGAAAAUUCGAAUGGCGUGCUGAACAUCAAGAAACUUUCGAUCAGAUAAAGCAAUACUUGACUUGUCCACCAAUUCUGUCUCCCCCAAAUGGGAAGAAGCACAUGCGCCUAUACAUUUCAGCGUCAGAUAAAACAAUAGGCAGCAUGCUGGCCCAGGAAGAUGAGAAUGGCAUCGAAAGAGCCAUUUAUUACUUAAGUAGAGUACUCAAUGAUGCAGAGACUAGAUAUACUGAUAUAGAAAAACUCUGCCUUUGUUUGUAUUUCUCUUGUAUCAAACUUAAGUAUUAUAUAAAGCCAGUUGAUGUUUACGUUUCAUCUCAUUGUGAUGUUAUUAAACAUAUGUUAUCUAAGCCAAUACUACAUAGUCGAAUUGGCAAGUGGGCUUUGGCCCUUACUGAAUAUUCAUUAAUAUUUCAGCCUCUCAAGGCAAUGAAAGGUCAGAUUGUGUCAGACUUCAUUGUCGACCAUGCGGUGGUUGAGAAUCAUCAGCAUUAUGUGGACUUAAAACCUUGGAAGUUAUACUUCGAUGGUUCAAUGCAUAGAGAGGGUACUGGGGUUGGAAUGUUGAUAAUUUCUCCUGAUGGAAUUCCAACAAAGCUCAAGUUUAAAAUCGAAGGUCCAUUAUGCUCCAACAAUGAAGCUGAAUACGAAGCAUUAAUUGCUGGACUUGAGGCUUUGUUAGAAUUGGGGGCAACCAGAGUCGAAAUUAAAGGAGACUCCGAAUUGGUCAUCAAACAAUUGACAAAGGAGUACAAGUGUAUCAAAGAGAAUUUGAUCAUGUAUUUUGUCAUCGCAAAUAGGCUACUCAAGAAAUUCGAAUAUGUGGAAUUAAAACACGUAUCAAGGGUGAAUAACCAGGAAGCAAACGACUUGGCACAAUUAGCUUCAGGAUAUAAAGUAUCAAAAGAAAAGUUGGAAGAAUUGAUUGAAGUAAAGAGGAAGAGCAAUGUUUACUAAACUUUCGCCAAGUGAUCUAGAGAACUCACAAUUGGGUUAUGCCAACAAAGAACAAUUCGAAGUACUAAAUAUAGACUCGUUGGCAGACACAGAUUGGAGGAGUCCAAUUAUUAACUACCUAAAAAACCCUUCGACGGAUACAGACAGGAAAAUCAAGUAUAGAGCAUUGUCAUAUUUUCUGAUGGGAAAUGAAUUGUUCAAGAAAACUCCUGAAGGGGUAUUGUUGAAAUGCUUGGGUGAAGCAGAAGCAUAUUUGGCUCUGUCGAACGUACAUAGUGGGGCAUGUGGUGCACAUCAAGCAGGGCACAAAAUGAAAUGGCUCUUGUUUCGUUAUGGGAUGUAUUGGCCUUCGAUGUUAAAGGAUUGCAUAGAGUUUGCGAAAGGGUGCCAAGAGUGCCAAGAACAUGCAGGUAUCCAACACGCUCCAGCAAACGAAUUAAGUACGAUAGUAAAACCGUGGCCUUUCAGAGGAUGGGCAUUAGAUUUGAUUGGAGAAAUUCACCCCAAGUCAUCUAAAGGUCAAAGGUACAUUUUGGUAGGAAUAGACUAUUUCACAAAAUGGGUCGAAGCAAUACCACUGGCAAAUGUGGAUCAAGAGGCUGUGAUUGAGUUUAUUCAGAAACACAUUAUAUAUAGGUUUGGAAUCUCAGAAAGUAUAACAACUGAUCAGGGAUCAGUCUUCACUGGACGAAAAAUGCAAGACUUUGCCAGAGAAAUAGGUUUCAAGUUAUUUACUUCUACACCUUACUACGCUCAAGCAAAUGGACAGGUUGAAGCAGCAAACAAAAUAAUAAUUGGCCUUAUUAAGAAACAUGUGGGAAAGAAACCUAAGAGCUGGCAUAAGACUUUAGAUCAAGCACUCUGGGCUUGUCGGACAUCUCCAAAAGAAGCUACAAAUACAACUCCUUUCUAGUUGACAUUUGGACAUGAUGCAGUACUCCCAAUUGAGAUAUGUUUGCAAUCGGUAAGAAUACAAAGACAAGCAGACAUUCCUCCCAACGUAUACUGGGAGUUAAUGAUGAAUGAGUUAGUAGAUUUGGACGAAGACAGACUUCGAGCACUGGAAAUGAUAAAAAGGCAAAAGGAAAGAGUGUCCAGAGCAUAUAAUAAAAAGGUGAAAGGUAAAACUUUUGUUAAUAAUGACUUAGUUUGGAAAGUUAUUUUACCUAUAGAUCGAAAGAAUCAGGCACUUGGUAAAUGGUCCCCAUAUUGGGAAGGACCCUUUCGAAUCUUGAAAGUAUUCUCGAACAAUGCUUACGAAAUUGAAGAAUUAGCAGAAGAUCGUAGGAUCUUAAUAGUAAACGGGAAAUAUUUGAAGAGAUAUAAACCAAGUAUGUACGAAGUAAAGAUUGCAAAAACGUAGAUACGCAGGGUACUACGAAAAGCCAAAAUGGUCAGGCAUGUGCCAAAACAUAUACGCCACAUUGAUCAAAAUGGCUUUGCGAUCAGAAUAAAUUUUAAAUGGAAGGAAAAGAGUCUAAGGAGACACCAAAAUAUUUUUCAUUUAAAGCAUAGAAGUACAUGCAUUACAAAAAGAUCCAAAGAACAGGAUCCAAGAUUACAAAAAAAAAAAAAAAAGGCAUAAAAAAAAAACCUAAGGUAAAAACUUGCUAGUUAAUCCUUUGGUCUAAACCUUCCAAGGACAGCACAGGCGAGGGUUCAGCUUCGAACAUAUCCCUGGCUCCAGAAUCACGCAUCCGCCUCACUACACCUUUCUUCAGGAAAAUGUAACUGAGGAGUCUCCCGUAUGGAAGACAAGUCACACUCCCUCGACGGUCGACACCGAUAGAGACAGCUUUAACCAGUCCUUUAAAGAUCAUCAAAGGAAUGUUAAUUUUCCUCCCUCGAAGGCCACAGAGGAUAAACUCCAAGUCUUCAACCAUGAUGUUGUUCUCAUCGAUCCUCCGAGGUUGGAAGUUUCCCACGAGCAUCUGGUGCCAGAUCCUGAUGACUUUGGCACUGAAGCGAUCGUUGUCCAUAAGAGUUCUCAACAUGAGAUGAGUAGUCAUGCUGAAACUGUUGUCAUCAAAAGUUGCACCAGAGUUAUUGCAUCUUAUUAGGUUGGCAAUAGUGGUGGGAGUGAUGCUGAGACGAGCGUGUCGAAUUUCAGAAUCAAUGGUGGUCCUACCUUCAGGAUCUAUGCGUAAAGACGCAUUCAUCCAGAAUUCUGCCACCAUGUUAGGGUAGAUAGCACCCUCCAAGACUUCUUCAAAAUAGAAGUCCAAUUCUUGGUUGACAAAGAGGUUUUCGAUAUUGAUAAAAUGACGAACAAGUUCAUCCUCAGAGAGUCUGAACUCGCCUCUGAUGAGGGCUUUGAUGUUGUUAAAGGAGAGAGUUUCAGCCAUUGCAAGGUAAGAAAGGUGUUUUGAGAAAGAAGUUGUGUGUUUUCUUUUUCUGUGUUUGGUUUGGAGAGAAAGCGCAUGAAUGAAGAAAUAAAGGCAAUAUUAGACCCUUUAUAUAGACUGGGAAUACUGAAGGGUGGUUUUAAAUUGUUAAUGAGUGAUUGGACUGCGGUUGGUUUUCCAAAGAAAGAAGUUAUGGCUUCCGCCGUUUCCCGCCCUUGGAAGUUGAGAAGUAAUCAUGAAACUGAUGCAUGCACGUCUUAAAACUGACGUUUCGAAGAGAGUGACGUCACUGUUCAAUAAUAAUUAUGGCUAGAGAAGUGGAAACGUCAAGUCUAGAGGCAAAGAUGCUGCGAAAGAGGUUCAGGUUCUACACGUUGCAAAAAAAAAAGCACUGUAGAAAAUCUAAAGAUAUAUUUUGGCAGAAAUGUUUAGAUUCGCUAAAAUAAUGCUGGCAAACAUUAUAGAUAUAAAUGGGAGUCAAGCAUACAAAUAUUAUGGGUCUACAAUAGUUUCGAUUACAAAACAAAGGUGCAACAAGUAACAGGACUGAAAACAUCUAGUUAAAAUCCUCAGGGAGAUCCGUUUUGAUCUUCAAGUAUUAAGUCUCCCACGAAGACAUACGAAGCUCAAUUAGUGCCCGUUGUUUCUUCAAUCUUUCGAUCUCUGGCACUAAUUUCUGUGCAGUCUCGAAAUGUUUAAUUCCCGACUGCACCACUUCGAGCAAAUCUUGUUGGUUAGAUUUUUGUAUGGCUGCCUGACAACGUUCAGCUUCUUUUAUCUUGUCCUCGAGUGUCUUUAUCUCUUGUUUCCAGGAGUUGAUGUUCUUCUCAUAAUCAUCAAAGGCCUUCUGAUUUUCUGAAUGUUUAAGCUUGAGGGCCUCACCUUGUUUCGUUGCGUCCACAGCAGAAUUCCAUGAAGAGUCAUGAGAGGCCAUUGUCUCAGAUAGCUCUUUUUCGACAUUUUGCUUUCGAAGAAUGUUAGCUUGGAGUUGCUCAAGUAGAGAACCUAGCAGAACAAUUACCUCUGAAACUUCUGUGGAAACUUGAAGCAAAUCUACCUUCUUUAGAAGUUGAUUUAAGUUGUGACUCUUAAUAGGUUCCCGGUUGAGAACAUCCACAAGAUUGACCCCAAAGAAUCUCUCUUUUAUUUGUCGGAGGAAGCUAGGGAUAUCUUCUUUAUCACUAGAUGCUACAGUUACAGCUGGAGAGACAUCAAGUUCCGAAGGUGAAGAAGUAUUCGCAUUCAUGAUAGCCUUUAAGAAACUAAGAGGAUCAGUUUGCUUAAGUUGUUCCAGCUCCGAAGGAGUAGGCUUCGCAGGGGCAAGCGUCGAAGUUGUCUCAGGAAUGGUUUUUGUAUCAAGGGUCGAAGUCCCUUGAGGAUCUUGUUUUUCUGGUUGAGAAAUCUCUUCCAUAGCAUCUUGCUCCGACGCAGUAUCUUCGCUGUCAUGUGUUUGGGGGUUCACAUUGUCGCUGCCUGAGAAUGGAUGAUCUUCUUCCAAAUUUUUGUCUUGAUGAGUAGGUGGGUAUUCGUCAGUGGAGUGACUUUCUUCGACUGGUUCAUUAGGCAAUAUGGUAGCAAUUGGCCUAACAUCUUCGAAGACUGGCGAGAGAACAUGAGUUUGGUUUUGAGAGGUACCUAUAUUAAACGAAGCAAAAGUUAGUCAUAAAGAUAAGCCUUUGAGGGGUUUAGUUGACGAAAGUUAAAGUUUGACAAUUACCGUAAAGUUUGUCAACAUUAAUGGUAAAGCCAUGGUCCUUGAAACCUGAAGUGGCAGUGCCAGCGUCAUCCUGCAAUAACAAGGUAAAUGUCAGUUCAAUUAUUUGGUUAAAAUCACAAAAUAAUAUGUGGGGUGGAACCCAAAUACCUUGGUUGGGAUAUUGUCUGGACUUGAAUUAUGACUUUCCACAACGAAAGCAUUACUAGCAGUUUUCAAAGGAGACUCUUCAGAGGAUGCCUUAUCGCCAGGAGAAGCAGCUUCAGAGGGACUUAUCCUUUUCCCUUUUCUUGAAGGGGUAACAGCUUUUUGUCUCUUCUUGUGUCCUUGUCUAGUUUGGGGAGGGGAUUUAUCUUCGCCAUCUGAGGCAGCUGUCGAGGAAGCUUUCCGCUUCGAACCUGUUGGGGGUUUCGAGCUCUGGCAAAUAGACGAUAAGUAAGAUGGAUACUACUCACAGAUUGUACAAAAUCAAGAAUAUGAGAUAAGUAUGUACCGUGGGCUUCUUGCCAGUGACGAUGGAAUCACUUUCACUUGGUUUGUUGCUCUUAGAUGUCCCAGAAUCUUUUUGGGCAGAAGCUUCCUUGAUCUUCCUCCUUCGUGCAACAGCUGUAGUUGAAACUGAAAUCAGUAUAUCAGCAAAGAAAAGAAAAGUCAGUCGAAAACUUAAUGCUAAUAUAGAGGUCAGAGGUUUAAUUGCUCGUGAUGUUUCUAACAAAGGAAAGUCAAGAGCUAAUAUGGGUUUGAAGGAGUUCAAGGAAGUUGAGAUUAGGUCUGCAGUAAUGGGAGUUCAAGUAACCAUUACUUAGAGUCACAUUGCUCAACUUAUUGGUGUAAGAAAUGAAGGGAGGUUCACUCUGAACUCUAAGGAUGGAAGCAAGGAAGCUGAAAUGAUCAAGUCUACUCUUUUCAAAGCACCUGGUGACUUUGAAAAAGUGAAGAACAUGUAUGGUGCUUACAAGCUUUUGUUCAAAAUCUUGAUUGGGAGCUUGAUCCCUAGAGAAGAAAGCACCGAUCAGAUCUCUUGGGAUCAUAAGUUUUUCAUCUGGUUUUUGGCAUGUAAGGAAAAAGUGAAUGUGACUGUUUAUAUCUUCCAUCAUUUGUGUGAAGCUGUCAAGGAGACUCAAAAGAAUCAGAAGAAGAAUGCACCUUAUGCAAGAUUUCUCUCUGAACUCUUUCAUCAGAACAAACUAAUUGAAUCUUUGAUGGCUCAUAUUGCUACUCAGGACUUGGGAGAAACUUAUGGAAAUAUAUUGUCUGGUGCAAGUCUAGGCUACAUGAAAAUUUUGAACAAAAAGGAUGUCAAGAAGCCUGAAGUCAGUCUAUUAAUCAGGUAAGAUAAGAUUGCUUAAAUUGAUGAUUUUCCUAUCAUCACCAAGAUGGAUAAUCUUGAGGUGCUUAAGGAAUAUAUCAAGAUGUACAAAGUAGAAAUUAGUGCCACUCUACGAAUGAAGGAUAUUCCAGAUGCUCCUGAAGAUAUGUACAAGAAUUCUAAGAAGAGGAAGGUGACUGCUUCUAAAGAAAAGAAGGAGGUUCAAAAGCCACAUAAGAAGAAAGUUGGAACUAGUAAGGAAAUUUAGAAAGAAUUAGAAGAAGUUGCAACUUCUACUAUUUUAAUGCCUACCAAAACAAGAAGUGGUAGAACUCCUCACAAGGAUGUUGUAUCUUCUGCCACAACUACUCCUGAGAAGAAGAAAUUAAGAAAAAUGUCUCUUGUAAGAGAAGAAGAAGAAAAUGACCACCCUUUAAGAAUGAGAAUAAAGAAACAGACUCAGGAACUGAUUGUACUUGAGCGUUAGGAUGCUAACCAUACAUGUCCACCUCACACCGCCAUAAAGAAGAUCGAAGCCACAAAGAUCAAUGAUUAUCAACUUCUCAUCAUUUAUGGUUCCUUCGAGAGCUAGAGCAUCAAUUUCUAAUUCUCAAACAUAACAAUAACAUAUGAGACAUACUUAUUGUUAGCUGAAGAUUUCGUUUUGUAGUAUUUGUCCUUCGAAGAAGUAGAAAAUCGAAGGAAAGAUGGUUACUGAUGGCCAUCCCUUAAAAAUAAAAGAUGGUUACUGAUGGCCAUCCCUUAAAAAUAAAAGAAUGGCUACUGAUGGUCAUGCUUCGAGAAUAAAGAUUUCUAAGUUCGCUAUGAAGAUAAUGAAUACUGAAAGCUAGUGAAAAGUAUGUGUCUUCGGGGACUUAGACAAAAUUUAUAAAUAUAUUCAAGUAUUACUACUUAGCGUGUUUUCGUAGUGUUUUAAUACACUGCCACGCGUCGAAGACGGACUCAGGCGGGAAGAUUUGAAAUUCGAAGACGGUUUCGUAACUGUCCAAGUAACAGAUGGCGUCGCUAGAAGUUCUUAUGAGAAACGUGGCAGCAGAUUAGUGUAGGACCGUUAAGGUCGAAACUAGUAUAAAUAGGAGUCUUAAUGUUAGGAUUCUGUGUGUUCAUUUUGUACAAAUCACUCACAUAUUUACUCAAGUAUCAAGCGUUAAGAGAAAGAGUUCGCUGAGAAAAUGUACGUAUGACACCACCACUUUAAUACAUGUGUAUUAUCUUUUGUUUUCAAA